GUUUCCUGCCGAACCACAGAAUCACGCAACUACCUAUUUGGGACGGGACGAAAAGCGUCCUGGGCCACCGUGCAAUCAGGCAAGCCCCCCGGACAGAAGCAUCGACAAGAUGGCAUCGCCGACGACCGGAAUAUCGCCGGAAGACCUGCAAUGCCUCGCGCGCCCCGCCGUGCAGGAGUUCGUCAAGCAAAACGUUGAAACGGCUGUCACAUACUACGCGGGACCCGGUAUCCUUCUGGGCGUGUCCUGGCCGCUCGCCGUGGCCGCAUUCCCAAUUGCGGUUUGGAGGGUGUACGCCAUGCCGACCAAUGUGCGGUCGUAUUUGUUAUUGGCGGCCUCGCUUGUCCAGUUUGCGGAUAUUAGCAACUAUACGUAUGCGAGGAGAGGGACGAUGGAUGAGGCGAGCACCUAUCGGUUCUUUUUGGGAGCGGUGGUGUUAUCGCAGUUGAAGAUUAGCUGCACGAUCGCUGCUGCCGCCUUUCGGUUCGCAACUGUCCUCGAACGACCGCUUUACAGGAACCUGAUGAUGUAUGGGUUGACAGGCUUCACGUUCACAUGGACGAUCCUCGUCUCCACCCUCGGCAUCCACUCCCUAAACACCAGCAUGCGAGUAACAACAACCUACUGGUCCGCGCUGCUAGGCCACUUCAUCUCGUACAUCAUCCCGGGGUUCUGGACGUUCAGCCGCGUGUUGGCGAAAGUCGAAGCGGAUGUGCGCAAACUGGCGAGCAAUACGCCGAUGAUGGGGAUCACCAUUGUGCGGUGGGCGAAUAAUUUUGCGGUGGGGAUUACGUUGCUUUGUGCGGUGGCUUUUGGGGUUGUUAGUAAUGUUUUUGACGCAAUCAACAACCCCUACGAACUCCCCGCCAUAGUCCUCCUCUCAACCACCUGGCUCCUCGCUGAAUCUUCCUUCGAGAUAAUCACCCGCUUCGCCCUCCUCUGGCCCGCAACCCGGAGCAUCCACACCGCCAGCGGGUCCAACCCCUUCGAUCCCAACAACUUGCGGCUUACGCAUAGCGGCGGGCGGGGGAGUAACAACAACAGUAAUCCGACAGGGAGCAGCGGGAAGGACUAUGGACGACGAGUGGGAGACGUGAGCGGGAUUGUGAAUGAGAGUUCCGAGGCGCUUGUGAUGGCGAGGUUGGGGGAUAGUGAGUGUCAGAUGUCGCUGGAUACGUUGGAUGAUGAUGGGAUGCCUCAUGAGAAGGCGAAGUAGGGACGUGGGUGGGAUGCGUGGGAUUUUUGGAAAUAAAGCGCUAAUGAAAGGGCAGGGUGGGAGUGCGGUUGCGAGAUGGAUGCCCGGUUGUGUUGGACUGAAAUGAGAUUUGUGCGGAUCGGACGACUUGCGCAGAUUUCUGUCAUACGGCGGAACAGUGUAGAGCUCGCUAGAGCAGGCAAGACAGGAAGCCCAAAGAAGGAGACUGAAGGCCUUUUAUCCUUGAGGGUAAUCCGGAUAUGUACUGAAUAGAAAAACCUUGCCAGCCGAUGACAGGAAACAAUGCUGAUGCUCGUCGCGGCAGGUUGAGCGGCGAUGCCUUUGUUUGCACACCUCCUUUUUGACCCUCCGCUGGCCGUCG